AUGUCUAAACGUGCUGCAUCAAAUGAUUUAAAUCAAGAUAAUUGGGAUCAGGAAGAUGAACCUGAAGAGCCCCAAGAGUUCCAAAAAGCAUCUGCUGAUGUUCUCGAAUCAAGAGUAAUUAUUACAGCUAAGCGUCGAAUUCAAGACUCUAACAGUUCAGGGUCAAAACCAAGCCCAUUUUCAAAUUUUAGUGGCUUUGGAAAAGCUACUUCAACUUCUAACCUUGCCUCACCAUUUGCAUUUUUAAAUCAAAAUAAAUCUAAAACAGAUGAUAAAGAUAAAAACGGUAAAGGAACAAAUGAGCAUUCCUCGCUUUUGAAAGAAGGUUUAUCCCAAACUAAGAGCUUAAGUAGUUCAUCAUUUUUAUCAAAAGAACCGCAAAAAAGUGUUGCAUCGCCUAUGUUUUUUGACUCAUCAAAAACUAACACAGAUUCCUCUGAUUCAACAUUUAAACCUUUUGAGCAUAUUUUUAAAACAAAAUCUCCAAGUUUAGAUAACAAAAAGUCGCAAAAUUUAGAAUCAUUAAAAGAAUUAAAUUUAAGUUGUAGUAGCUGGAUAGCUAAACAUUUAGAAAAAAAUCCAUAUUGCAUUUUAACACCAAUUUUUAACGAUUAUAAAAAGCAUUUAGAGGAGCUUAAUUUAGAUAAAGAAAUAAACAAAGUAAAUGAUGAAGUAAAGUCUGAUAAAACAAGCCCAACAAAUAAUUUCAAAUUUGGAUCGUUUUUACCAAGCAAACCUUUUAAUCUACAAUUCAAUAAUGUAAACACAACAUUUGAAUCAUCACCUGCACCUUUUAGUCUCAAUCGAAUUGCUGCCAAACCGAUUAAUUUAGAACCAGAUUCGAAAAAAGAUGAUGAGGAAAGUGAAGAACCUCCGACAAAUGAUUUUACUCCUGUUGUUGAAGAAGACAGUAUAUUUGAUAUAAAAUGCAAAAUUUUUGUUAAAAAAGAGGAUAAAUUUGUAUCGAGAGGAGUUGGAACGUUAUUUUUAAAACCGGUUAAAGAUAGUAAAAAAACUCAGGUCGUUGUGAGAGCUCAUACAAGUUUGGGAAACAUUCUUUUAAACAUUUUGCUCUCUCCCGGAAUGCCAAUACAAAAAACUGGUAAAAAUAAUGCCAUGUUGGUUUGUAUACCUACUCCAGAAAGCGAACCUCCUCCGGUACCAGUUUUAAUACGAGUUAAAACGAGCGAAGAAUGCGAUAAUCUUAUUAAAAAAUUAGAAGAAUGUAGAGACGCUUAA